UUCACUCCCUUACUCACUCACACAAAACACUCUCACGGUUACCUCUUUCACACACUCACACAAAACACUCUAACACUGUUACCUCUUCCUUUCAAGUUCAACCAUGGUUCUCUAUAAAUACAACACCUUACUCUUCAUGCUCUUCACACCACCAACUCUAUCUUCAGCCCCUCCAAUUUCACUAUCAAAACCUUUUCUACUAUCUCCGACACACAAUUAUGUUUCCAUCUAACAACCCUUCCACUUCACAACCCACUUCUUCUAAACCUUCAACUUCUUCCAACACAUCAUUGCCAAAUUUAGAGGUUUCUCAUGAGAUGGAAGUUUUCAACGAGGAGGUGCGGUUAGCUGCGAGUACACCGAAGAAGCGUGCAGGGAGGAAGAAGUUCAAGGAGACUCGCCAUCCGGUGUUCAGGGGUGUGAGGAGGAGGAACUUGGAUAAGUGGGUGUGUGAAAUGAGAGAGCCUAACAAGAAGACUAAAAUUUGGUUAGGGACUUUUCCGACGGCCGAGAUGGCUGCCCGAGCCCAUGAUGUCGCGGCAUUAGCAUUGAGAGGUCGUAACGCCUGUCUCAACUUUGCAGACUCGGCAUGGCGACUUCCUAUUCCUGCCACUACCGCGACAAAAGAUAUACAAAAGGCAGCUGCACAAGCUGCCGCGGAUUUCAGACCAGACAAGAUUUUAAUGGCUAAUUAUAUCGAAACAGCUGAAGCCGCCUCCGCCACCACAGAGCAGCAGCUUAUGUUUCGUUUGGAAGAGGAACAAGAGGAGGAAGUGUUAAACAUUCCAGAGUCCUUGAGAAAUAUGGCUCUUCUGUCCCCUACACAUAGCUUGGGGCAUGAGUUUGAGUAUCAAGAUAUUAAUGAAGACCUUGAAGAUGUUGAGAUGUCACUAUGGAGUUUUUCUCUUUGAUUUAUUUGGUUUGUUUUUUUUCUUUACUUACUUUUAUAUGAAGUUUGUUUGCUUUUAUUUUUGGAUUUUAGAAUGGAAAUUUGUUUGUACUGUAAUGAUAUUUUGGAUUGUAGAAUGGAAAAUAGCUUGUACCGAACCAUUGUUUAAUAAGGUAUAUAUACAUAGGUUGAAAUAUAAAAAGAUGUAUAUUUUCUUUAGCUUUUCUGUGAAAGUAACUAAUCAAGUAUAAAGUGCAUUACUUGUCUUCUUAAAAUACUGCAAUAUGACAGUUCUUUAUUCCACCACCUUAAGUAAUGAUAUUGUUAAUGAUUUUUUUAUCUGUAAUAAUAAUUUGAAAUGUCUAAGGGAGUUAAGUUUUUUCUUUUUUGACAUUAACCUACUUAGAAGUUGAAAUUUAGUUUCUGUACAUAAAGAACACAUUUUGGGACUAAAAAUGAAUACAAAAUGUGAACUUACUGGUUAGAUAUUGUAUAUUGUAACUUUUAUAACUAAAUAAAUGUUU